AUGUCGCUCUUCGGCACGUUCUCCGGCUCGUCGCGCGGACCGACCCACACCUCUGCGCCCAAAGACCAUGUUGUCGGCCACCAGUUCUCGCCGUACGACUCGAACGGAGGCAGCAUCGCCGCCGUCUGCGGUACGGACUUUUGCGUCGUAGCAUCCGACACCCGUCAGAGCACGGGUUACAACAUCCAAACGCGCUACAAGCCCAAGGUGUUUCGACUCAACGACAAGGCGACGCUGGCCACCAACGGGUUCGCUGCUGACGCCGAGGCGCUCGUCUCGCUCGUACGCCAACGACUCGAAAUGUACCGUCACGCACACGGUCGGUCGAUGCCGCUCCAUUCGAUCGCUCGCAUGAUCUCAACUAUCCUCUAUGGCAAGCGCUUCUUCCCGUACUACGUGUACAACAUUCUCGGUGGCUUGGACGAGGAGGGCAAGGGCGCAGUGUACUCCUUCGACCCCGUGGGGAGUUACGAGAGGGAGUUCUGCCGUGCCGCCGGAGCAGCCCAAUCGCUCAUCCAACCCUUCUUCGAUAACCAGAUCAUGUUCAGGAACCAAACCAGCACACCGGAACGCACGGUGCCAACCCCAGGCCAGAUGACCCUGCCAGAGGUGCUCAAGAUCGUCAUCGACUCGUUUACGAGCGCCACGGAGAGACAUAUCGAGGUGGGCGAUGGGUUGGAGGUGUUCGUCGUGCGUACGCCGAGUGCGGCCGCCGAGGGUGGCGAGAAGAAGGGCGCCGCUGCGGUGGAUCUGAACACGAUUCCGUCGGAUGUGCCGUUCAGCGUGGCCGAGGCGGUCGGUGGCGAGGACGAGCAGGAGGAGGGCGCGGUUAUGGUCAUCAGGAGGGAGCUCAAGAAGGAUUGA